CAAAGAGAUCAGAGAAGAAUAAAUAGACCCAACACCAGACCAAACCGGAUUAGCGCAGUACUACUCAUUGUUGCCAUGCGUUUGUUUCCAGACAUAAAGUCGGCAAUGUACGACUUUGCGCACAUCUGUUUUGAUCAUGCUGCUAGCCAGAUCGCUUUAUCCAGCCAGACUCAAGUUUUGGCUAUACGACUAUCCGACUGCCCGGCAUUGAUGACAACUAGCUAUGAGGAUCGAUAGACAUGAGUUUAAUAAACUUGCCGCAUUCAAAAAUUCAAGAACGGACGACCACAACGCUGACCCCUGACUGGGCACCUCCCUUCAUAAAUACUCGCACUGAAUGGAGUGGAGGGUUCCAUAAUCCGGACGUCUUAUGCUACCGGAAUUCGGCCAUUCUAGUAUUCUUACACUCGCCUCUUUUUCUGAACUGGCUGGAGAAAUACUACAAGGCUCAUGUGAGCUGCGCUUCAGAAAGUAAAUGCUUGGUAUGUGGCUUCCAUGAGUUGUGUCUUGCCUACUGGGGUCCAGACCCUGGUAAUGCGGCUGGGUUUGAACGCGCUCUUGUGCCGGUCUGGGCGAGGCUUCGAGAGACCUCCUGGAGUUGUGCUAGGGAAGAGCAACAGCAAGAUGUGCGCGAAUUCGUGGAAAGGGUACUUGAAGAGCUGCUCGACGAGACGGAUGAAGAAGGCCGUCGUGAAUUGAAUGAGAUCUUUAAAAUGCGAACCAGUAAUGACCGUGUAUGCCUUCAAUGUUCUCAUGUCGUGCCCAUGCAGCCGGACGAGAAGUUCUUUCUUGUUGUCAACUAUAGACACGAAAGAUUGCUUGGGCACAACACUAUCCAGGAGUUGUUGCAGACACAGUCACGUUCGAGGUUCAGCUGUGGGCAGUGCAAGAAGGAGACUGAGCAUCUGCUUCGAGAAAGGCUUACGUAUCUGCCAGAAAUUAUUUUUGUCCAGGUCAACCGGGUUUCUUAUACCAACGGAGACUUGCGAAAGAACGAAAAUCCAGUCAAGCUCGCAGAUGAAUUGAUCAUACCCCCCGAGAUGUUAAAUGAGACGGUGGAGAGUACAGACGGGGCCCGCUAUGAGCCUUAUGGACUAGUCUUCCACUAUGGCGCUGUUCCACAUGAGGGUCAUUACACAACUGCCACCAAACGUCCCAAGGGUGGCUGGACAUGGUUCGACGAUGAUAAAUUAGAAUGGCCGGACUUAAAAACAGUGGAUGAGGUUUGCCUCGAUCCGAACCCGGGUGCAAUCAACUGGGAGACGCUUGUGUACAUCAUAGCAUAUCGCCGCCUACCCCUCGACAGGUCAUUGGAGCUAGGUCUUCUGGUGACUAAAAAUGAUGACUCGGCUGUGCAGCUGGCCAACGACGAUGGAUCCGGAAAGUCUGGAUUAUUUCACCCCCCAACUGGGGACUCACCCGGGGGCUCUCCGCCAACUCCUGGCCCAAAUACAGCGGAAUCUCCGUCCCCUGAUGAUGUACGCCUCGAUCAAACCAUCCGACUCAUGGGGAGGAAACUGAAAUGGAGAGUAGAAGAACCUUUGGUCAUCCCUGAGGGUUAUGGGCCCCUCAUACGGAUCAGGCGGGGGAGAAGAGUCCAAUAUGCCGAGCUCAGACUGACACUGACCUGUGAAGCCACGGGCGAGAUCCUCACGGGGAAAGGGCGUAUCUCCCUCAAGCCAAAUAUCACUAGGAGAUCUGAGAGGUCGUCGUCGGCUGCCGCAGUGAUGAACAUGAGAGACUUCGGAACCCAGACGUCGCCGGGUCCGGAUUUGAAGAACACAGCGAAGCCGCAGGGGGUUACGAAGGACAAGGCUGGCUCGACGAAGCCAACGGGUACCGGUCGUAGGGUCCAGUCUCGUUGAGCCGCGAGGGUUAACAAGGGGGACAUUGGAGGGUUUGCAUGUGCUUGUACUAGAGCCCUAUGUAUUUUCAGACUUGUUGAAGUUCUAGCAUGAAAGGGAGUUGGCUGUGGUUCGGUCGGCUUAAUUGGUCCUGCAUGAAUGGAGGAGAGCAGCACGCCUUUCAUGAGUUUGUUGAUGUAACGUUGGAAUCCAUUACUGGUCGAGUUGGCUCG